AUGGCCGACGCAGAGCAGGACUAUGAAGCGAUCCGGCAAGAAAACAUCCGCAAGAAUGCCGAGCUGAUGCUCAGUCUCGGACUGGAUAGCCCAGAAUCAUCAGCAUGGCGCGUAGCUGACCUUGCCGACCUGUCUCCCUUCCAGGCCUCUACGCGACUUCGCUCGCCGUCACCCGAGAGAAAGGCGCCGGCGACCAUGAGGCGAACCAAUUCGACAUCGACUCCCGGUGCUACCGGCCCGGGCUCAGCGCGCAAAUCGUCGCGUAUCGCCUCUGGCAGCCGUCCUCGAUCAUACCGCGAGAAGGACCUACUCUCGUCCUUCAAGAGGCCCGUGCAGAAGAGAGAGAAGAAGGUGCGCCAGGGCACACGCAAGAGCAGCCGUGCGUCCACCUCGUCAAGAACAAAGUACACCGACUGGAACUCGGACGAAGACGACGACUCGGACGCAUACGUCCCACGGUGGCGCGGUGGCAGCGCUUCGGCUCAGCCAAAUGGUCAUGCGAAUGCAGGCAGCGACGACGACGAUAGCGAUGCAGCGGACAGCAGCCGGGGCUCUCGCACCUUUGACCUUUCCGGACGGCCCAUCCUCAACAAGCUUUCCAACCCAUCCGCUCCACCACUGCCUUCAAGCGGAGGCGACGACAUUUACGAAGAGAGGAUGCCGCCACCCACACGCAAAUCCGUGGCCAAGGGCAAAGGUCGUGGUGAAUUGGUGUUUGAAGAAGAGUUCUCGUCGUUCACUCCAAACGUGACACCCGAAGAAAUGCUCCGCGGGGGCGCAUUUGGUGGCACCGCAUUUCGCGAUUAUUAUUCGAGGGUGCUUCAAAAACCGAUCGACGUCGAAGCCGAGCUCAAGGAGCUGCCGCAAGAGUGGCUCGCCGGGCUUGAUGUUGACGACAUGCUCAGGAGAGACGAGCUCGAUCCUUCGCGGAACAAGUUCAAGGUCAAGGCUGGGCAAUCACUCGAGGACUGGGAAAAGGCCGGCUGGAUUCGGCCGCUCGAUCCCCGCGGCUGGUUCCAGUGGUAUUACCGCUUCUACCUGGGGCGCCGUUCUGCUGAUGAUGCGCGACAAAUCGGGCGUUGGCUCAAGGCGUGCGGCCCGGGAGGACGCUUCCGCAAGUCACUCGCUGUCAACGUCGCAACCAAGGGGGGCGGUCGGUGGGAUGAUCCCACCGUCAAUUCGGUCGUCAGACAGACACUGUGGCAGUGGGGUUACGAGCUGACAGAGAAGCACUAUAACGAAUACCUCAAUAAGGUUUGA